AUGGCCAAGAGAGUUGAACGUUCCGGAAUAACUUGUAAACAUUGGGUGUUUACAGAGCUUAUAAAUAAAAUAGUUGAGGUAUCGAUAAGGAAACUUGUAUUAUAUAUAUAUUUAAUCUACUCUGUAGCCCCCACUGUUAUUACAUGUUUUACAAGAGGAUAUGAUCUUAGAAAGGAUCCAGCAGAUGUCAUCUGUCCAGCAAAUUGUCAUAUAUGGCAGUUCUAUGUCUAUGGAAACAUUGAGUAUGCCUCUGAAUCUAGUAUCUGUGGAGCUGCCAUUCACAGAGGUGUGAUCACCAGUUCAGGUGGGGCUGUAAGAGUGAAGAUGUUACCAGGGCGUGGAAACUACUCUGCAAUAUAUGCCAAUGGAAUCCAGUCCCAACUCUUCUCUAAGUCAAGAUCAUCAUUUUCAGUAGCUAGUGUUAAAGGUGAAGCCCUUGAAGCAGCUGGACAUCCUAUUUCAACAGCACGGCCAUUUGCAGGAAAACGACCUAAAAAACCUGUUGUGAAAAAGUCUGGAAACAAAGAUUGUCAAGCCGAUAUUGCUUUCCUGAUUGAUGGAAGCUACAAUAUUGGGCAGCGCAGAUUUAAUUUGCAGAAAAACUUUAUUGGGAAGGUGGCAAUGAUGCUGGGAAUCGGACCUGAAGGCCCACAUGUGGGAGUAAUACAAGCCAGUGAUUAUCCAAAAACUGAAUUUUAUCUGAACAACUUCACUGCUUCAAAAGAUGUUUUAUUUGCGAUAAAAGAAAUAGCUUUCCAAGGAGGCAAUUCCAAUACAGGAAGAGCUUUGAAACACUCAGCACAAAGAUUUUUUUCUAUUGAAAAAGGGGUACGCAAAGGCAUUCCUAAAAUCACUGUAGUUUUCUUAGAUGGCUGGCCAUCAGAUAAUCUGGAAGAAGCUGGUAUAUUGGCUAGAGAAUUUGGUGUUAAUGUAUUCUUUGUGUCAAUUGCAAAGCCUACAUCUGAAGAACUGGGGAUGAUUGAAGAACUAAAUUUUGUUGAAAAGGCAGUCUGUCAAAAUAAUGGAUUCUUUUCCUACAACAUACCCACUUGGUUUGGUACCACAAAACACGUGAAACCCCUUGUUCAAAAACUCUGUGCACAUGAACAAAUGUUAUGCAGCAAGACUUGCUAUAAUUCCGUCAACAUAGCUUUCCUCAUAGAUGGCUCUAGCAGUAUUGGCGACAACAAUUUCCACCUCAUGCUUGGAUUUAUUAGUAAUGUUGUCAAAUCAUUUGAUAUCACAGAUAUUGGUGCCAAAAUUGCAGUUAUUCAGUUCACUUAUAAUCAGCGCACAGAAUUCAGCUUUACAGACUAUAAAACAAAGGAAACGGUUCUUUCCGGUGUUCAAGCAAUCCGCUAUAUGAGUGGUGGUACUGCUACAGGAGAAGCCAUUACUUAUGUAACCAAAAAUGUGUUUGCACCUGUGAAAGAUGGAGCCAACAAAAAUUUUCUGGUAAUUUUGACUGAUGGCCAGUCUUAUGAUGACAUCCGAGGGCCUGCAACCGCUGCUCAUAAAGCAGGUAUCAACAUAUUCUCUGUUGGUAUUGCUUGGGCUCCACUCGAGGAUUUAAAAGAUAUGGCAUCCGAACCCAAGGAAACACAUACUUUCUUCACAAAAGAAUUUACUGGACUGGAGCAGAUUGUGCCUAAUAUUGUAAGAGCUAUUUGCAGAGAUUUUUUGGGCUUCAAACAGUGAAGACAGAAAAGACAAAAAGACUGAAGGGGUUUGACUCUAAGUACAUCUGCAAAACUAAAAUCCCUGGAGUAUAAGAUGUUCUGUUAUUCUAGCACACAGUUACUUGGUGGUGAACUGGCUUACAAAGGGCUUACUGUUGUACUGCCUUUAGGCAAAACUUCAAUUAAAAUCAGUGUAUUUUUUUCUGAAUAGAGAACCUGGCUAAAAGUACUAUUAGAUACUAUUUUUAAUGUUCUUGUUAACUUUUCAAAGUUGGCCAACUUAUCUAAUAUUCAU